AUGUUUACCCAUGAGCCCUACAUGUUUACCCAUGAGCCCUACAUAUAUCCCAAUGAGUCCUACAUGUUUACCCAUGAGCCCUACAUGUUUACCCAUGAGUCCUACAUGUUUACCCAUGAGCCCUACAUGUUUACCCAUGAGCCCUACAUGUUUACCCAUGAGCCCUACAUGUUUACCCAUGAGCCCUACAUGUUUACCCAUGAGCCCUACAUGUUUACCCAUGAGCCCUACAUGUUUACCCAUGAGUCCUACAUGUUUACCCAUGAGCCCUACAUGUUUACCCAUGAGCCCUACAUGUUUACCCAUGAGCCCUACAUGUUUACCCAUGAGCCCUACAUGUUUACCCAUGAGUCCUACAUGUUUACCCAUGAGCCCUACAUGUUUACCCACGAGCCCUACAUGUUUACCAAUGAGCCCUACAUGUUUACCCAUGAGUCCUACAUGUUUACCCAUGAGCCCUACAUGUUUACCCAUGAGUCCUACAUGUUUACCCAUGAGCCCUACAUGUUUACCCAUGAGUCCUACAUGUUUACCCAUGAGCCCUACAUGUUUACCCAUGAGUCCUACAUGUUUACCCAUGAGCCCUACAUGUUUGCCCAUGAGCCCUACAUGUUUACCCAUGAGCUCUACAUGUUUACCCACGAGCCCUACAUGUUUACCCAUGAGCCCUACAUGUUUACCCACGAGCCCUACAUGUUUACCCAUGAACCCUACAUGUUUACAAAUGAGCCCUACAUGUUUACCCAUGAGCCCUACAUGUUUACCCAUGAGCUCUACAUGUUUACCCAUGAGCCCUACAUAUAUCCCAAUGAGUCCUACAUGUUGACCGGUGCUCACGUUUUGGCCUUUCACUAA